CAAAUAUGCAAAUUUUAUUCUAUCCAGCAAUCCUCCACCAAACACACUGCUAAUGACUUCAACAACUUUCUAGAAACACCUCGAUAUACCAAGUAAAAGAUAAUAGAAUUUUCAGCCAAAAGGCUGACUCAUGCAGAACUGAAAACAGAUUUUCAUUCUAUCCGUUAAGAACAUGCCAAAGGAAAAUCCAACCAUCAAAUGGCAAACAACUACAGAGCCCAACCAUUCUCAAUAACAAGUUAAUGAUUCACUUCAUCAACUUCAUAAGCUAUACAUAGAAUAGCAAGUCAGCAACAAAACACAUUAGUAAAAAUGAUAUACAACCUGAAGACAUUUGAAUGACAGAAAUGAUGCAUUUUUCUGUUAAGACCUUUAAAUGGAAGAAAAAAAAAAACCUUUUUAUGAAAAGAAAAGGAAAAAAAAAGGGAAGAGAAAAAUGAAUUUUGUAUCAUUCAAUCCUGAAACAAACGAUGAAAAAGAGAUAAUGAAACAGUUACCAGGCAACUAGUGUGGAAGGCAUCCAAAUAAGCAUCGUCCAAAGGCGAAUGCACGACCCUACUGCUUGCAUCCAAAAACCCAUCAACAAUGCUGCUCACGUUCUCACGUCCAAUCUCUUGUAUCAACUUUUCUUCAUCUGCUUCGUCACCGGCAUAUGGGUCGUCAGCUUCCUCAGAGUACUUAACAUUGCUUCUGUCCACUACCAUCCGUCUCUCUCCUCUCCCCCGUCCCUUCCCUCUUCUCCUUCUCCUUCCCCUUCCCCUUCCCCUUCCCCUUCCCCUUCCGCUCUUGCUCUCACCAUCCCACCAGCAUCCUUGCCAUCACCUGCACGCGAAAGGAUUCCCAUUGCCUUCUUCACAGCCUCUUCCUGGCUCAACUUAGGCUGAGCUGGGGAUGGGUCUGCGGCAGACGCAGACCUGGAAGGCUGCUGCCGGACCCGAAGAUGACGGUUUUCUUCCUUGACUUGCGCUGCAGGAUCAGAUUGCUUCAAAGGUUUCCCUCCUCCAGCGCCGGGUAAAACUGAGAGUAUGCUAGAUGGGAGAUUAGUUUCACUCGACUGAGUGGGUUUCGGCUUCACCGCUGCUUCAAUGGCGGAAUCAAAACCAUCGACAUCCUUUUUCGGGACGAAAGUAAGUUGCUUGAAUUGCCCAGUUAGUGACGACUCAUCAGCAGCAGAUGAUUCGCUGGCCACCCGGCCACGACCAGACCCAAAUUGAGGCUGCCUGACGGGGGAAACAAAGGAAGAAAAAGAUGGAAGAACUGGGUCAGACGGCCUACUACGGCCGCGACCAGGUCCAACUUGGGUUGGCUGCGGCGAGCCUUGCCCCGACUUAUCCGAUUCGGGUCGAGCAAAAUCAAACUGGGAAGGAGCUGGGGGAAAGCCACCACCUUAGCCGCGUCCACGGCCGGAGGUGGAGAAGGGGGAUGAUGAUUGGAGUAGAAAAGGAGUUUGGGUCAGCGAUCCAUUCUAGUGAUUGCUGGAAAUUUUCAUAGGACCUUCCUAUGAGACGCAGAUACUCAAAUCGAAGCUGAAACUUGAAGCUAGGGUUUUGGAUUUUGCAGACAGAAUGGAACGAACUUCUACGCUGGGGUUUUUUCGGAUAUCUUUCAGAGCACAACGACGCCGCUUAACAUAAACUAAAUAAAUAAAAAUGAUAAUUUAAAAAAAAAAUCAUCAAAAACAAUCUGCUAAGGGCGUGUUCUGCAAAACCCACCUGAAAGGCUGAAAUUAUUCCUUCCAAAUCGUCUGUAGUUCUGAAGGGAGAGUUUAAAGAGAGAAAGGGAUCAACUUUUUGCUUCUCUCUUGAACUGUCUCUCUGUCCUUCUCCUUGGACCAGUUUAGGGUUCUCAGUUUCAGUUCCAAGAUGGUCAGUUCUC